GAGACUCAAGUUAACUACAGUGGCAAUUCUUGCAGUGAUAGCCCUGUACCAUUCACUCUCCAACAAAUGGUCGAAUAAGAUCAACCAGGCGUUGGUUACGACAAAAGUCUUAACGGUAUUAAUUGUUGUCAUACUCGGACUAUCAUUCGCAAAAGCAUCGGCAGAAAGGUUGACCAACAAAAACGUAAAUUGGGACAUGUUUUCUCCCGCCGGUCCAGCCUUUUAUCAGAACGUUAGCGCUACGGAAUGGAUUCAAAGAUAUAUAACCGCAAUGCUAACGAUUCUGUUUGCGUACUCGGGCUGGAAUAAUCUCAAUUAUCUCACUGAGGAAUUUGAUAGGGGAGAAUCUUCUAGGAACCUCUUGAUAAGUAAUGCAGGAGCAAUCGGGCUAGUCACUAUAUUGUAUCUGCUGGCAAAUCUUGCUUACACGGCGGUGCUGAACGUUGCUACCGUAAUCGGAGCUGAUGGAUCGAAUCCUAACGAAAUUAUAGGCAUUUAUUUCGCCGCACAAAUCGACCAAGGAGAUGUCAAUAUUGCUGCUCCUGAUUUUUCCUUAACCAAAAUCAAAGGAGCGCGUGCGUUGGGUUUUUUCAUCGCUCUCAGUGCGUUCGGUGCUGCUGCCGUGUUGAUGCAAAGUGCUUCGAGAGUGGUAGAUUUAGCAGGCCAGCACAAUUACGUUCCAUUGAUUUCUGAGUGGCUGUCCAGGUGGAAUGAUAAGCUCGGGACGCCCGUAAAUUCUUUUAUCGCACUCUUUGCUUGGUGCUCUAUAUUGACCAUGAUAGUUCCGGGCAACAGUUCAUUCGAGUUUUUAGUCAAGAUCGAACAAUACACAAUGUACUUUUUCUUUCUCCUCGCAGCUAUUGGUGCAUUGUUAUUACGAAAGAGAGAGCAAGAUAAACGUACAUAUAGGGCACCUUUAGCUGUCAUCAUUCUUUUUAUUUUGUUCGCGUUGGCAAUUGUCGUACUCUCGUGGCCUCGGAGUUCUGAUUUUGACGGGCGUGCUAUGGCGAUUUAUGAGAGGCCGAUUUACACAAAGAUAGUGAAACGGGUCAUGAUUGAAAUGUUUGAUAGAAUCGCAUGUUUACACACUUAUCAAUAA